AACGUCAUCAGCACAUCACCAGCUUUUCGGCGUUUUGCAUCAAAUUCUUCCAUUCUCCUCUCUGAUCUCUCAUCCUCCUUUGAUCUCUGUGAUUUUAGAAUCCGAAUAAUGGUGAGAGGAUUGUUGGCAAAAAUCGCCACUCGCUCACUCUCCAUCGCCGGAAAAUGGCAACAGCAGCAGCUCCGCCGCCUCAACAUCCACGAAUAUCAGGGAGCUGAUUUGAUGGGCAAAUAUGGGAUCAAUGUCCCGAAAGGUGUCGCUGUUGGUUCCAUUGAACAAGUGAAAAAGGCGAUGCAAGAUGUAUUCCCCAAAGAAGAUGAGAUUGUUGUAAAGUCCCAGGUGCUAGCUGGUGGAAGAGGCUUGGGUACAUUCAAAAAUGGAUUUCUAGGUGGAGUCCAUAUUGCCUAUGCUACUCGAGCAGAAGAAAUAACUGAGAAGAUGCUUGGACAGAUACUUGUUACUAAACAAACUGGACCCGAAGGGAAAAUCGUCAGCAAGGUUUAUCUUGCUGAAAAGCUUUCAUUAGUCAAUGAGAUGUAUUUCUCCAUUAUUCUUGAUCGUGCAAGUGCUGGUCCUCUUAUCAUUGCCUGCAGGAAAGGAGGAACCAGUAUUGAAGAUCUGGCAGAAAAGUUCCCUGACAUGAUUACUAAGGUGCCUAUUGAUGUUUUUAAAGGUAUUACUGAUGAAGAUGCUGCAAAGGUUGUUGAUGGUUUGGCUCCGAUGGUGGCCAACAGACAAGAUUCAAUUGAACAAGUGAAAAAGUUAUAUAGCCUUUUCUGUAAAUCUGACUGCACAUUAUUGGAGAUCAAUCCCCUUGCAGAAACUUCUGAUAAUAAGUUAAUAGCUGCUGAUGCCAAAAUGAAUUUUGAUGACAAUGCUGCUUACCGUCAGAAAGACAUCUUUGCCCUUCGUGAUCCAACACAGGAGGAUCCCCGUGAGGUUGCUGCUGCAAAAGCUGACUUGAAUUACAUUGGCUUGGACGGAGAAAUCGGUUGCAUGGUGAAUGGUGCUGGAUUGGCUAUGGCUACCAUGGACAUAAUUAAGCUGCAUGGAGGAACUCCUGCUAAUUUUCUUGAUGUUGGUGGGAACGCCUCUGAAGGGCAGGUUGUGGAGGCUUUUAAAAUUCUAACAUCAGAUGAGAAGGUGAAAGCAAUUCUGGUAAACAUUUUUGGAGGAAUCAUGAAGUGCGAUGUGAUAGCCAGUGGAAUCGUGAAUGCUGCCAAACAGGUUGAUUUGAAAGUGCCAGUGGUGGUUCGGCUUGAAGGGACGAAUGUUGAGCAAGGAAAGCGAAUUCUCAAGGAAAGUGGUAUGGCGUUAAUUACAGCAGAAGAUCUGGAUGAUGCUGCUGAGAAAGCCGUCAAAGCGAUCUGUUAGUCGAACUUUUUGGUUUUUGAUAGCAUAUAUUCUUCAACA